AUGCUCGAACUGCACGUCUGGGGCCCCGCCUUUUCCCUGCCCUCAAUUGAUCCGCAAUGUCUGGCCACCAUCGCAUAUCUCGUCAAGGCAGUGCCCAAAGAGGAGUGGGUGUUGGUUGCUUCGAGUGAUCCUUCCGUGUCGCCGACCAAUGAGCUACCCGCUCUGAGGAACGGCGACGUCUGGGUUUCGAAAUUCCGGAAUAUUGUCGAUUACGUGCGCCAGUACUCGGAUCAGGCCUGGGACCUGGACGCGGAAUGGACUGGGCUAGAUAAUGCGGAUAUCACUGCCUUCUCCGCCUUCGUCGAAUCCAACGGCCAACUCCUAAUCGACCUCUCCCUCUACGUCUCCAGCCAAAACUACUACGCAUCCACCUCCCCAGCCUACGGCUCCAUCCUCACCUGGCCCAACCAAUGGAUCCUCCCUCCCAAACUCCGACACGCCGCCAAACACCGCACCGAACACCUGGGCCUCUCAUCGCUCGACCUAGAAGCUAGCGAAGAACAAAGAGAGCGCGAACGCUCCGCCGCCGUCUCCGCAGGCCAGAUCCCCCAAAGUCUGAUUUCCCGACCCCGCGAAACAGUUUCUUCGUUACUGGGAAAGACGGCGCGAUCCAGCCAUUUCCGUCUCGAUGCGUUGACGGCCGAAUUGUUUGAGCCGCUGGAACAGUUGCUGGGGAAGAAGGCGUAUUUCUUAGCGGACGGUCGUCGGCCGUCAAGUCUAGAUGCGCUGGUGCUGGGUUAUUUGUCGCUGGCGCUGGUCCCGGAAGUUCCUGCAGCCUGGCUUCGGGAAUCGCUGCGCACGAAGACGCCUCGACUGGCUAGCUAUGUGGAGCGAUUGCGGGAGGAGUGUUUUGGGGCCGCCGUGCAGCUCGAAGAUGCGUUUUCGGGCAACACGACAAAGAAGCCACUUCCUCUUCCAUGGCAGAAACCAGAGCGCAUCAAUGCGGCCAAAAUUGGAAAUACUCUUCUCAACACCCUCGCCGACGCAACCCCGAUCCUGAAAGAAUUCCGCAUGAACAGUCGACUGCAGCAGGCGGCUAAAUCGAUCGACCCGAGGUCCUCUGAAUACAGCGAAUCCGAAGCGCGGGCCAUCUCGGAAUACGCGAUUGCGCAACGCCGCGAUUUAUACAUCUCGAUCGCAUCGGUGGCGGCUGGCGUGGCGGCCAUGGUUGGUUAUCUGUUCUACAAUGGGGUUAUUACAAUCGCUGGCGAGGAAGAAGAAUACGACGAGGAUGAGGAUGUGGAUGUGAAUAUUGGGGGGAGUUCAUCGGCGGAGGAUAUUCUGGGAAUACCAAUUUCGUAG